AUGGCUGACCCAUCUCCCCCGGAAAACCACGUGUCGUUAGCGCCUGAAGAGGCGGUUCCGGACCGGAGCCAGCCGGAAUCAUCAACGAAGGCCAACACCCGUCCGUCGGCUAGGGGAACGGCAUUCUAUCAACGAAAGAGAGCUGUGAGGGCUUGUCAGGUGUGCCGGGCUCGAAGGACGAAAUGCGAUAACCUGAAGCCGUCAUGCUCGUUCUGCCUCAAGGUCGGGGCGACUUGCAUACAGUCGCCUGUCGACUUGUCCAGCUUUGACCCAGCAAGUCUGAAGAUCUUGGAACGACUGGAUGAUCUAGAGGAGUUGAUGAGAUCCGUCUCGGUUGAAGGGUCUUCAAAUAAGACGAGGGUAGUCGAGGCCCCGGCCGAGCCACGUCUCGAAUUACCGCCGCCGGUGGGGACUCCGAUUCAGCUUGGCAUGAUUAUUCCCCCUGGCCCUGAAGAGGUCAUGUCGUGGCACGUAUUCCAGACGAUGAGGAGAGAAGCCGCAGAGAACCACGGUGUGCUACACAUCGAUCACCCCACCGCCGCUGCGAGCUCGCCGGCUUCAGUGCUGGGCGCGCUCGACAUGGAACCAAGAAGGGUCAACGAUCUGCUUGAUAGCUUCUUCAGCUAUGCCCAUGUCAAAAAUCCCAUCCUGGACGAAACCGCCACGAGAAAGAUGGUGUCGACAACCAUCAUGAACGGCAUCGACUGGUCUGCCGAGUCCUGCUUGUCUCUCCUGAUUUUCGCAUUAGGGUCCAUCGCGACACCCUUCGGCCCGAGUCACGAGACCAUGCCCGGGACCCUGGCCCACGGCAACGCGCAAUCGUUCUUCCAGGCGGCUCAGAAAAGACUCGGGAUCCUACUGUCGUCGGACGACAUCAUUGCGGCUCAGUGUCUCUUCCUGUCAGGGGUUUACAUGAUGUGCAUCUUCCAGCCCGUCAAGGCAUGGCGAUACUUCGUGCAGGCGCUCGCCAGUUGUCAGCAACUCCCCUUUCUUACCCCUGAAUCUCAGCAACGCUACCACAACUACGUCGAGUCGGGCAACGAAUUACACAAUUACUCCAUUGACACACUCCAGCAAGCCAUCUACUGGUCUUCAUGGAAGUCCGAGCGGGAGAUGAGAGGAGAUCUCUAUCUACCCGACUUCUCCCUCAGCGACAAGGAGCUCGCGUUCUACCCUCCCUUCUUCCCAACGCCACCGGCCCCGAGGGCUGAAGUUGAGGCUGCCAGUGACCCACGCCUGGCACGAGAGAGGACCUCCUGGUACUUUUACCUCUCCGAGAUAUCUCUCCGCAGACUCGCGUCCCGGAUUAGCGCCGAGAUGGUGGGUCUCCAAAAAGAGCAUCCCACGCGCCAAGCAUACCUCGCAGCCCUGGCCACGGCAGUCCCGCAGUAUGAGGAACAGGCACGAGGUUGGAUCGCGUCACUUACACCCGGGCUAUCGUUCAACGAGCCUCCGGAACAGGACGACGUGUGCAGAUUUGUGCUUAGAGGACACGCCAUAAACCUAUUUGAAAACAUCUACUGGCCAUUUGUCACUGCGUAUCUUGAUGGCUUGGGCGCGAAUCCGAGCUGUAUCAGCGGGCCUCUACCAGACUGUUGCAUUGCCUUUGUGCAAAAGGGUCUCGAAAUACACCUUGAACGGCUGAGAGUGAAUCAACCGGGAUACUAUCAUCGCCAUCAUGGAACACUUCCGCUGAUGAGGUCUUGUUCACGAAGUGCGCUAGUCCUGACGGCAGCCGCUAUGCUUAUCGAGACAGGGAGGAGCAAUGGCUCUGAGGAAACCUGUCAGAUGCCCUCUGGAUGGGAGACUGGUGUGGACGGGAUCGUGGACCUACUCGCCUUUUGGCAAGGAUCAUAG